AUGGCCCUGCCGCCGGCCGAUGGCAUGAGCAGCGCGCAACUGGGACGUGCCGCCAUGGCAAUGGCGCGACAAACAGGGUCCACACCAUAUGUCCUGGAAGCAGCGAAAGACGAGAAAAGGGAUGCCGCUCUGAUCCUCAAGAGUGGCAGCUUCAUCGGGGGUAUGAUCGUUUGGUGCAAGUUUUUUACAACGCCUGCGGACCGCGAUGCCAAGGAAGUGAAGGAAGGCGUCCUGGCGCAGGCCACAAUCCGUGGCCUGUCGCGACGAGUGCAGGACUUGGAGGAUCUCUACAGUGUGAUCUAUGAUCUUUCGGAGUCCGAGACGGAGGAGGUGGAGGUCAUGGCCAAUGGCGCAGUUCCCAAUGCCAGCGAGAUGACAUUGGGGCAGAUGCCGCAUGGCGCACAGGGGCCUCGUACCCUGUUGCCCGCGCUGGCCGCGCGCGCGCACGAGCUGCUGUUGGAGCUGACGCCUGAGGGCUUGACAAAGGUCUUGCGAGCCUUUAGCAAGCAGCGUUUCGAGGACGAGACGUUGUCAGCGCUGCUACUGAAACAAGCCAUCACCAGGUUGCCAUACUUCGAUGCGAAGGACUUGGUCAUGCUUUUGUCGAGCCUGGUGCACACCCAACAACGAACGCAGCUGGGUCCGGUGGCGGAGGAGCUCCGCGAGCGCUGUGGCGAGCUGCGGGGUGCCACGUUGUUGGCUUCGGGUGUGGCGGCGGCAGCCAAGCUGCCGCAACCAGGCGAUGCCAUGCUGCGGCGGGCCGUUUCUCCAUGGGCCAAAGUUGCCCGCUCGCUAUGGACGCCCAGCACGGGCUACAGACCGCGUGGAGACGAUCCACACAAGCGGCCGCGCUUGCGCUUGCGGCAGGGGGCGGAGGCCAAGGUCUUGCGCGGCCACCCCUGGGUCUUGACCAAUGCCAUCAUCAAUGCUGAGGAACUGGUGAAUCGCUCCCCCUGUUUGGUCAACGUAGAGGCUGCGGACGGCGAAGCUUUGGGCGUGGCGUUGUGCAACAGGAGUGGCCCCUUGCCCGUCCGCAUGCUGAGUCGUCAAGCCUUCGUCCGUGUCGACGCCCGUUUCUUUGCCGAGCGUUUCGAACGUGCCUUGCGAUAUCGCGAGAGGCACAUCCCGCUGUUUGGCUUCUCGCCACCAUGUGGGCCCCCUGGCGUAGCGUUCUUCGGCGGCCGCGGGCGCAUUUCGCCGUUCUUCGGCGCCUGGUUGCUGCGGAUCGUGAACAGCGGCUGCGCGGAUGAGGUCUGGAUCGUGCCGUGCGGACCACGACCGGACAAGCCGCAUUUGAAAACCUCUGCCAUGGACAGAUAUUGCAUGUGUCAGAUUGCCGUGAAUUCCUGCUUCGCUCCGGCCUUCCCAGUGAAAGUGCUGGACAUCGAAGCUUACAGAGCCUGGGAUUUUGGAGGGGACACGGCCUUCUACACCUACGAUAUGCUGUGCGAAUUGCGGGACACUUAUCCCGACAUCGACUUCUCCUUCGUCAUCGGUUCGGAUUGGCUGGACGAGGGUCGAAGCCCGCAGAGCUGGAAAUCACUCAACAAAGCUUGGAAACCUGGAAUGCCUGAGGACCAAAAGGUCGUUGUCACAGGAGAUCAGCUGCUACGCGACUUCGACGUGCUGGUCCUGCCGCGGCCGGGGCACGUGCCAAAGCAGCUGGGGCCACGACUGCAGUGGCUGCGGAUGCCAGAGGACUUGGGGCAUUUUUGCGGAUACUUAUGGGAUACUUAUGAGAUCUACUCUGGCAUUUAUUGUUUGGCAUUUUUGAGGAUUUUUGUACCCAAGGUUGUGAACAUGAGCCACCUGCGUUGGUUUUUCCUCGGUAUAAAGAUGGUAUAA